AUUAACACACCUAAACGUUGUUGGGGAGCUAAGAAAAGGAUUAGGUGGAUUUCUGUACGUGAAAUGUUUGAAUGUAGACUGUGGAGGGGUGAACUUGGUUCCAUACGGAAAAACCCACAGACUUAAGAAAACAGGGAUGCCCUGUUUUGCCAUCAAUACUAAGCUGGGCACAGGUAUGAUAGAUUCUAUUGGUGGACCUGUUCGUGUAAACAAUUUUUUGUCUACAUUAAACUUGAAGCCUGUAAAUUCCAAAAGUCUAAAAAACAUGGAGAGAAGAGCUGGGGUAUUUGUAGAAGCUGUUGCCAAUACGUCCACCCGGAAAGCUGCUACUGAUGCGUUUAAUACGGAAAUGGAAGAAAUUGGAGAAGCUGAAAGUGCAGAAGCAUUGAAGUCUAUGGGACAGAUGAUUGAUGAUUUAGGAGUAUGUCCUCUCCCUGACUCACUCGUAGCUUCUGGAAAGCUGUUGAAUGUCAUUCCUUCAAGUUCUUUGGAUUUGGACAUCUCCUUUGAAUCUGAUGACACAAUAGAUGAUCAACAGCAGAAUAAUGCAAGUACUCCAAGACAGACUUUAUCAACUCCAAUUUCUGACGAUAGUCCCAAAACUCCUUGUAAUCCUACACACCUAGAGAAGCGUGUUUUACAAACUCCCAGAGCUCCCUCAAGAUCUGAAAAAUUUAAGAAGAAAGUUGAUAAAGUUAAAGGCAAGAAAGUUGUGAAGCUCAGUUAUCCUUGUAAGACACGGCGAGGAAUGUCAGCGGCUGCUGACACGGCAUGGCACAAAAGGGGAUUUGACAGUCUAACUUCACACACUUUCUUCAUGAGUAAGGCUAAAUAUGGAAGAAAGGUGAUCAAGUCUGUAGUGCGGCACAGAACUUGUGGUACUUGCAACUGGUGGAGGAGAAAUAGACCCAGAAUGCCGGUUCGAAAACACAGAUGUGUUUGUAAUCAUAUUGGGAGCGCAAAACUAAUGGAGUGCAAAAGUGGUGUGCAAGGAGUCAAGGAACUCUCAGAUGAAGGGACGCCCAUAGAGAUCAUUGAAGGAGAUGGAGAUACCACCAUGCUCUCUCAUAUUAAGUCAGACUUAAAUAUGACAUUGAAAAAGCGGUAUGAUAGAAAUCACAUCGUCAAAAACAUUGGAAAGAAUUUGUACUCUUUGAAAAAAAUUAGCAAGAGUGUUAUUCAACACAUACAGAAAUGUAUUAAGUAUGCAUUUGCGAAGAACCAAGGUGACAAAACAGGUAUGGAAGAAAACUUGAGAGCUAUCAUUCCACACCAAUUUGGGGAUCAUUCUUCUUGUCAUUCAAGAUUCUGUGGAUUCAAAUGGAAACCAGAGGAAAAGUAUGUUCACAGAAGCCUACCAUAUAAAGCUUCACUCAAAGAUGACAGUCUUCGAUCUCAGCUUGAAAAAAUCUUUGAGCCAAUUGUGAACAAUGCCGAACAAUUAGCAGAUUUAGGUAGUAGCCAACAAUGUGAACAUGCUAACCGUGAGGUUACACUACGGGCUCCCAAAUCAUUACAUUAUGGAAACUCUGAAUCAUUGGAUUUUCGAGUAGCAGCAACAGCAGCUUUCAUUAAUGAGGGAAGGAACUCAAGGAAGUACAUCACACAGACAUAUGUGUUAUAA